AUGGCUUCAAAAAAGUUAGAGGAAAUAGAGUCAGGAAACACUUUAUCAGAGAACAAUUCAAUUCCUCUUAAUUCACCAUGUGAAACAUGGAAAACGCAUCCUAUUGAGGUUUUUCGGAAGAGAUUAAGCUCUAACAUCAGAACAACUAAGACGACUUCAAAGUCAGUCAUGGAGUUUUAUCGACGACAAGAUGAACAUAUUCGUGAAUUGGAGAAGAUCGCAUCUACUACGGAGGCAGAAACCUCCGAUGUAGAAGUAACCUCCAAUCAUCAUUCUAUUAGGCGGCAAACGCGAAUUAAUACAAUGAUUAUUGGUGUUGUAUUUUGUGCCAACGUGGUACUUUUAUUGGGUAAAGCUGUAGCAUCUGCAUUAUCAGGGUCAUUAGCAAUCAUAUCGUCUUUGUUAGAUAGUUGUGUCGAUUUGGCUUCCGGUGGAAUCAUGUGGUUUGCUGCUCGUCAAAUGCGUAAAAGGAAGCCAUACAAAUACCCAGAAGGGAGAACACGACUUGAACCAUUAGCAGUGAUUGUACUCUCUGUAUUUAUGGGUAGUAUAUCUAUACAACUUGUAGCUGAAUCUGUACAAGCCAUUGUUCGUAUGUCACAAAAUAAUCAAGAGGCACCAAACGUUAAUGAUUUAGCAUUGGGAAUAAUGGCAUCCGUAAUUGUGACUAAACUAAUCUUAUGGAUCAUUUGUUUUAAAUUUGGUGGUGGAAUGGCUAUCGAUGCGCUUAAAACCGAUCAACGUAACGAUAUACUUACGAAUGCUGCAUCAAUUUUAUUUAGUGGUUUUGCUGGACGUUUACCUCCUUUACUACAACAGAAACAAUACGAAAAUCUUAAGUAUUUAGAUCCCGUUGGAGCUAUACUUAUUGGUUCUUAUAUUUUGUAUUCUUGGUAUAAACUUGGUGCUGAACAGAUACGUAAUCUAGCUGGUCAUACAGCUAAUCCAAGGUUUAUUCAAAAGAUUGCAUUCGUUUGUCUUAAUUAUCAUCCGUUGAUUGAACAAUUGGAUACCAUUAGGGCAUUUCAUUUUGGUGAAAACUUCUUGGUUGAAGUUGACAUUGUGUUACCUAAAGAAAUGUGUCUUAAAGAAGCUCAUGAUAUUGGUGAAGGGUUACAAAAGAAAUUGGAAAAAUUAGAAACAGUUGAACGAGCUUUUGUACACUUAGAUUAUGAAUUUUCACAUCGUCCAGAAAGUGAGCAUAAAAUAGUUUAA